ACUAAUGGGGAAAAAAUAAUACAUAAAAAAGAAAUCUUGUUAUCCGUGCCCAUUCUUGGGUAUCUGAUACUGUAAUAAAGAAUGUUUUGCUGAUUUCAAAGGUUUCCCGUCUGAUUUUAGUGACAACACUGCGCUUUUUGCAAGCUUCUAGUUCUCUUAAAUGGUGAUUCUUGACCUUUUAAAAGAGUUUAUUGUUGUUUUAUAGCCUUUUUCAAAGAGUCUAAGAGAUUUCAUAAGAUGGGGGUAAGUAAGGUAGUGGGUGUUGGAUCACACUACAUCUGCAUCAAAUUCAUUUUUUUUUUAACUGUGCUGACUUGUGUGCAUUAGAGUUAAAAUUACUCUGAAAGCAAAGUUCUGAUUAAUGUGCGUGUUUUGGUCUUUGUAACGACUAUUUGCCCCUAUGAGAAGCUAUUCUAUGACAAAGUCUGCAAAUUGUUCCUUCUUUUUGGGACAAGUGUAAUGUUUAGGUUUUAACAAGUCCAUUACUUAAAUCAGUUCACUGUCUACUUACAAACCAAUUUGUACGUUUCGUCCAUCUACUUGUUCAGCUCAGCUGGGGCCAUUAGAUAAACAAAAACCAAAACAUAUGCUGUAUAAGAGAGGACUCUUCUGAGCAUUCUCUCAGAUCACAGAAACUGGAGUUGGUCCAUGUGAUGUUGUUAAAUGGCUAAGAAGGGUUGGUUAAGCAUGAUUAAGAAGCUCUUUUUAUGGGGGGCACAGUCCUCACAAACGAAGAAGGAAAAAAGAAGGGUUUGGAUAUUUGGGAGGGUUAAGACCAAGAGGUUGCCUUCAAUUACAGCACCACCACCCUCAAAAGAAACAAGACUAAGUGAAGCUGAAGAAGAACACGGCAAGCAUGCUUUAACAGUGGCCAUUGCUUCUGCUGCUGCUGCUGAAGCUGCUAUCACUGCUGCUCAGGUUGCUGUUGAGGUUGUCAGGCUCCAAUCAGCUCAUCAACAACUUAAUGAAAAACAACAACAGCUUCAACCUGUUAAAACCAGACAUGAUGCUCCUCAUUCCACACACCACUGCCAGAGGAAGAUGGAAGAAGCUUCAGCCAUCAAAAUUCAAACAGCAUUCAGAGGUUAUCUAUCAAGGAAAGCUCUAAGAGCAUUGAAGGGAAUAGUGAAGCUUCAAGCUAUCAUUCGUGGAAGAGCUGUGAGACGCCAAGCUUUGUGCACUCUGAAGUGCUUGGAGUCCAUAGUGAGUAUCCAGUCACAUGUCUUUGCAAGGAGACUUCAAAUGGUUGAAGGAAGAUGGGAUUGUGGUGAACAUGAAGAUAUGGAAGGUUCAAGAGACAAGAUAAUAAGGAUGGACUCAAACAGUGAGAGAAGGUGGGAUGACAGCAUUUUGUUGAAGGAAGAGGUAGAUGCCUCUUGCAUGAACAAGAAAGAAGCAGUUGUUAAGAGAGAAAGAGUAAAAGAAUAUACCUUCAACCACAGAAAGUCAGCUGAAUCAGAAAGAGAUAAAAUAAAUGGAAGAUGGAGGUACUGGAUGGAACAGUGGGUAGACACACAACUUUCCAAGAGUAAAGAACUUGAAGAUUUAGUCUCAGUUUUCAGCUCACAUCACUCUAGACCAGGGGAGGAAAGUGGAAGGAGAGAACUAAAACUCAGAAAUAAUCAGAGACAGAAUCAGGUUGAAGGAUUAGAUUCUCCAGCAGUUUCUUCAAGGAACACAUUUCCUCACAGGAGCCAGACUUCAGAGGCAGAAGAUCACUCAUUCCCAAGCUCACCUGCAAUUCCUACAUAUAUGGCUGCAACAAAAUCAACACAAGCAAAAGCAAGAUCAACAAGCUCCCCAAGAGCAAGGUUAGGAGGGAAUUUUGACAUGAACUCUGAUAGCUAUUCACCAUGCAAGAAAAAGUUACCACUUGUGUCUUCUAUUAAUCAGCAAAGAUCUCCUAGCUUAAAGGGCCUUCCUAGACCUCUGAAGUUAAGUCAGACAUUGAGGGAUCUCAGCAUUAACUCUGAUUGCUCUGUGCCAAUUUGAGAUGAAGAAAGCUCCUUCACAUGAAGAAAACAUUAUCUCAGCAUUACCAUUGUUCCUCCUAUUAUAUAUGAAAGUAAAAAUUGAUUCUUUUUUGGUUCAGAAUUGGAUUUGAAUGUGACAGAAAGUUGUUAAUUUUUUCUCUCA